AUGCUCAUAUUCAAUGGCUCAGUCUUCAUGCCCUCUGUACUAACGCUCAUCGGGAUUUCUGGCCUGGAGUCAGUACAGUGCUGGACUGGGAUUCCAUUCUGUAUCAUGUGCCUCACUGCUGUGAUUGGGAAUUCCUUUAUUUUAGUUAUAAUCAAAUAUGAAAACAGCCUCCAUAAACCCAUGUACAUAUUUUUGGCCAUGUUGGAGGCCACAGACAUUGCACUUAGCACCUGUAUUCUUCCCAAAAUGUUAGGUGUCUUCUGGUUUCAUUUGCCAGAGAUUUCUUUUGAAGCUUGCCUUCUACAAAUGUGGCUUAUUCACUCAUUCCAGGCCACUGAAUCAGGUGUCCUACUGGCGAUGGCCCUAGAUCGCUAUGUGGCCAUCUGUGACCCCUUGAGACAUGCCACUGUCUUCUCUCAACAAAUUUUAACUUACGUUGGAGUUGAGGUGACACUCAGGGCUGCCAUUCUUGUGGCACCAUCCACCGUGCUUAUCAAAUGUCGUCUUAAACUCUACCGAACUACAAUCAUCUCCCACUCUUAUUGUGAGCACAUGGCCAUUGUGAAGCUGGCUAUUGAAGAUAUUCAGAUCAACAAGAUAUAUGGUCUAUUUGUUGCCUUCACCAUCUUAGGGUUUGACAUAAUCUGUAUCGCUUUGUCCUAUCUUCAAAUCUUUAUCACUGUCUUUCGACUGCCCCAGAAAGAGGCACGAUUCAAGGCCUUUAAUACAUGCAUUGCCCACAUUUGUGUCUUCCUACAGUUCUACCUCCUUGCCUUCUUCUCUUUCUUCACCCACAGGUUUGGUUCUCACAUACCACCAUGUGUUCAUAUCCUUCUAUCAAAUCUUUACCUGCUAGUCCCACCUUUUCUCAACCCUAUUGUCUAUGGUGUGAAGACCAAACAAAUCCGCGACCAUGUCCUGAAAAUAUUUUUCUCCAAAAAAAAUCUUGAUCAUUACCAUCUCCUUCUAUAG